AUGUUCAGCCCGGACGGGGGGCUGCCGGCCGCCCCCUUCGGCCUGCUGCCCGACGGCGGCCCGCCCUUCCCCCGCGGCGGCUACGACGGCGCGGCCGCCCAGCAGCUCUUCUUCCCCUUCGCCGCCGAGCCCGACGGCGGCCGCGACGCCGCGGCGGCGCCCCGCGCCUGGCUGCCCGCGCCCGCGGCACCGGCGGCCAAGGCGGAGGCGCGCCCGGUCCGGCCGUGCCGCCAGGGCUCCCCCGACGGCCGCGCCGCGCCGCCCGCCGCGCCCUGCUGCGGCCCCGCCUGGGCGGCCCCGCCGUGGGGCGGCCCCGCGGCCCCCGCCGCCCUGCCCGGCCCGCCCUUCGCCGCCGCCGCCGCCGCCGCCGCCUUCCCCGGCGCCCCCGGGCUCUGCCCCGCCGCCCUGCAGCAGGGCUCGGGCGGCCUCGCCAGCCUGGGCAGCAGCGGCAGCUCCAGCGGCGCCGCCAGCGAGGGGGGACAGUCCAGCGACAGCGGCGACGAGGAUGCGCCAACCUCGGAAGAGCUGGAGCAGUUUGCCAAGGACCUCAAGCACAAGCGCAUCAUGCUGGGCUUCACGCAGGCUGAUGUGGGGCUGGCUCUCGGCACUCUCUACGGGAAGAUGUUCAGCCAGACGACCAUCUGCCGCUUCGAAGCUCUCCAGCUCAGCUUCAAGAACAUGUGCAAGCUGAAGCCGCUGCUGCAGCGCUGGCUCAACGAGGCAGAGAACACCGACAACAUGCAAGAGAUGUGCAAUGCAGAGCAAGUGUUGGCUCAAGCCCGGAAGAGAAAACGCAGGACCAGCAUCGAGACCAACGUAAAGGGCACGCUGGAGAGCUUCUUCCGCAAGUGCGUGAAGCCCAGCCCCCAGGAGAUCUCCCAGAUCGCCGAGGAUCUCAACCUGGACAAAGAUGUGGUCCGGGUCUGGUUCUGCAACCGGCGUCAGAAAGGCAAGCGGCUGCUGCUGCCCUUCGGCAACGAGGCGGAAGGGGUGAUGUACGACAUGAACCAGUCGCUGGUGCCCGCCAGCCUGCCCAUCCCGGUGACAUCCCAGGGCUACAGCCUAGCUCCAUCCCCUCCUGUCUACAUGCCGCCGUUCCACAAGGCCGAGAUGUUCCCUCAAGCUCUGCAACCCGGGCUCUCCAUGAGUAACAGCAGCCACUGAACCAGGGGCUGCGGGGGCCGUUGGGGAGCUGGAUGGAGGUGUUUCCCAGACGGUGCGGCUCGGCUGGUUCCCUGGAGGCAGCUUCCUCCCCUCGCCCUGGAAAGGCACGUGGCUCUGGUCCCAGUCCCCAAGAGCCUGGCUGGGCCGCUGGCUGUUUUCUGGCUUUUGGUGCAGGAGGGGCAGAGGAAGGGCCGGGAGCCGGGCGCAGAGGUGGUCCCCACUCUCUGCAGUUGCUCCCAGCCCUUCCCAGUUAGGUGAAUUUGCUGGUCCCAGUGCUCCCUCCUCCAUCCCGUGCAUGGGGUCAGCAUCCCCUCCUCCCUCCCUGGGGCGGGGGCAGCUGCUCCUUCCUCACUGUGACCUGCCUAUGCCAGAUGUGCCCGGGGCGCUGAGCGGAGCCGCCUUUGCCUCUUCCCAGCUGAGCUGAGCUGCUCUCCUGCAAGAACCGUGAAAGAAGCAUUUUUAAAUUUGGGGUUAAGGGUGGGGGGUGGCGGGGGGGCUUUUUUUUUUUUCCUUCGUGGUUUUGGUUGUAUUUCUAGUUUUUAAAAAGUGAAAAUCUUGGUAGCGAUUUCUAGUUUCCCAGCUGCCCCCUCCCUGGCACGUAGAGCGGGGCCGCGGGCACCGGGCUGGGGGGGGCACCCCAAAGGCUCUCCCCAUCCUCCUGGGCACCUGGAGCUUGCCAAAAAGCCUGAGGGCUAUUGCGUGGAGCGAGGGGAGCCCCCGGCAGCCCCAGCCCCGGUUCGGCCUGCCUCAUCUUGCCCCCGGCACCCCCCGGCUCGGGGGGGCUUUGGCCCCGUGCCCACCCACGGGUGGUGAGGAGGUGGCAGAGGGGCAGGCAGGGAGGGCUGGGGGUGUCUGCCCUGGCUCCGGUGCCGCUCCAGAGCCUCUGGGACCUGUUUCGCUUGUCAGCCAGCGUCCCCCCCUGCCCCCCCCCCAAGCCUGGCUGCCCCCAGGCCGCCUUUCCCCAGGGAGGGGGCCGAGCCCAGGGCCCACAGCGUGGCCAACACCGUCCCGUCCAUGCCGCUAGCACCCCCGUGCCAUUGAGCUUGCUGUAGUUAAUGAUUCCCCCCCCCUUAAUCAUAUUCCGUCUGGCAAUGAAAUAAAUCUCAG